AUGCACCUGCUCGCCCUUCUGGCCCUCUCAUCACUGCCAUUGCUACAUGCCUCUGACCUCCGUACCCUGUCUCCACAUACCCACCUUGCCCGCAGUCUCUCCUCAUCUCAGUCGUCGAAACAGUUCCCAUACGUUCAACAGUUUGACGCGUCUUCCCUAGCUGAAUUAAUCUCGAGCGAUUGCCAAUCUCGCCUCCUCCGAUACGCCCCUGGCGAACCAAGGAUUGUGCUGGAGCAUGACAUAAAGCACGUCGUGUCUCUCGAAAUGCCCCAAUUGCUCGAUUCAGGCAAGUCCAGGAAAGAAGCCAUGACGAAACAUGAAUCAAUCCUUGGCCAUGAGCUUUCAGCUCUUGCAUCCGUUUUUCCCAGUCAUCUCAUCAUUUACGCCGGCGCUUCACUCCCGGCACACUCAAGACGCCAACUGAACGAGAACAUGCACGCUGCUGCGAAUACCACUCUUCCAGCGGGGGGGAUUCUCAAACGAUACCAACUCUUGACCCCGGGACUCAUCACUGUCCUCCUUGUGACCUUCUUCCUCCUCACUCCCCUCGUGAUGUUUGGCAUCAACGCAUUGGCAAGCAUCCAGAAUCCACUGCGGGUUGAUGCUCCCAAAGGCUUCAACGCACAGGACAAGAAGAAUCAAUAG